AUGUGGAAGCUCGGAGCUCGAAGGCGGGAGCCGCGCUCUACUGGCGGGACGGCACCUCCUCCAAAUUUAGAGGGCCGUCGUCGCGUGAGCGCAAUGGGGUCGUCGUGGUGGGCGAGUGCCUCGAGUGGCCGUACUCCCUGUGGUCAUGUCCUGCUGUACCAACGUACCUUCCCUGCAGUCGGGGAGCGAGGGAGGGCGGUCGGUCAGUCGGUCAGAGGCCCAUGCGCACGAUGCAUCCGUAGCUCGUUCGAUUUGGUCGAUUUGGAUUUGGAUCCGCCUUCGAGAGGCGAGAGAUGA